GCGGGGACUGGGAGCCAAGCCCAGGGCCCCAGAAGAAGGUGAUGGUCAAAAGAGUUUUCACAUUACCUCACCCCUCCUGGGACGCAGGUGUCCUAGUUCCACACACAUGCACAUGCCCAUAAGGUUCCAGGCUACCCCUCCCCUUUCGAGAGGGGUGUACGUGGGGCUCAAGCUGAACCCAAACAAACGUGGAGACUGAGGCCCCUGAGACAGAGACCCCACCCUAGCCAGGGGACAGGCGUGGCUGCUGAAGUUGACUUUCCACUGAAGCUGCCAAGGGCCGGGCUGCUCUUGAGCCCAGACACUCGUGUGGGGACAGGUGACUGGCCGGAAACCAGGCCCUUCUCUUGCCUCUCACUCCUGCUGCUCACCUGGGAUGCAGGCCCACCUUCUCCUGGAGAUUCUCAGCAGGCAGCACGCAGGAGCCCCUCUGUAUUCCCCCAACCCCCCUCCCAGGCUGCCAUCCCACUGCCUUGGCCAGGCACCUCUCACUGCAGAGUCAGCUGCUGGGGUGGCGAGGGUUUCAGGUGUCUGGGGAUGGAAACCAGAUAGGGUUCCAGGAUUUCAAGUCCUUCCUUUCUUUCCUUCAUGGAUUUAUUGGUCUUGGGCCCUCAGCAUAGGAGCCCAGCUAGGAGGGCUGAGGGCUCAAAAGCAGGCUGAACUGCCCGAAUCCAGGGUAGGGAGAGGGAAAUCAGUUCUCUGUGGAAGCAGCACACAUAAUGUCUAAGGGCAUGGACUCUGGAGCCAGAAGGAGCAGAUCUGAAUCCCGAUUCUGCUAAUACCAGCAGUGUGACCAGAGACAAGUGGCAUUAUCUCUUACAGCCUCAGUUUCCUUGUCUGUAAAAUGAGAAAAAUACCUAUAUUAGAGUUGUGGCGAGAAUUAGAUAGGAUUAAGUAUGUAAUAACAGAGUACAUAUAGUAAGCCUGCAGUAUUGAUCCCUUCCCUACGUCAGAGACUCGAGAAGGUGAAGGCCUGAUCAGUGUUUCUGAGGAGCUCAGUCUCUGGGGAGCCAAGAGCAACCCUUGGAUGAAGCAAUCAGGCAAGGAGUCCUAGAGGAGAGACUUCCGUGCUCUGAGCCAAGCCCUGGUGCUCAGGCAAGUCUACUGGGGAAACAGAUACGAAUGGCCACGAGACAAAGACGAAUUAGGAGCAGGCAGAGAAGCAGAGACAGGGCUCAGGGAAGGGAAUGGCUACAGCCUGAAGGGCUGGCCACACCCCAGAGCCUGUAAUUCCACCCAAGACUAGGUUAUCUGGAGCAGUGUGGAGAUAGGGUCUUGGUAACGGGAGGUAGGAAUCUGAUCUUCCUGGCCUCUCUGCUCACCCCACUCUUUGGAGCUCUCCUUUGCAGCAGUCCUGCUGGGGCCCGGAGCCCAUCUCCUCUGCUCACUGCAAACCUGUUUGCCUCCUUCUUCUGCCAGGCCUCUCAGGAACACUGGCCCUGCUACCAGAGCCCCAAGAGCCCCCAUGACUGCCGGCGAAGGGAGUCCUGGAUAGCGAGGCCCUGGCUGGUCCAGGAGUGGGUACCGCAUCAUGCCACCCAUCCUCCAGCGCCUGCAGCAGGCCACCAAGAUGAUCAGCCGCAGGAAAAUCCUGCUGUUGGUGCUAGGGUGCAGCACCUUAAGCCUCCUUAUCCACCAGGGGGCGCAGCUCAGCUGGUACCCCAAGCUGUUCCCCCUGAGCUGCCCUCCUCUGCGGGACUCUCCACCGCGCCCCAAGCACAUGACCGUGGCCUUCCUGAAGACGCACAAGACGGCGGGCACGACGGUGCAGAACAUCCUUUUCCGCUUCGCCGAGCGCCACAACCUGACGGUGGCCCUGCCACAUCCGAGCUGCGAGCACCAGUUCUGCUACCCACGCAACUUCUCGGCGCACUUCGUGCACCCGGCCACGCGGCCGCCGCACGUGCUGGCCAGCCACCUGCGCUUCGACCGCGCCGAGCUCGCGCGCCUCAUGCCGCCGGGCACCGUCUAUGUCACCAUCCUGCGCGAGCCGGCCACCAUGUUCGAGUCGCUCUUCAGCUACUACAACCAGUACUGCCCGGCCUUCCGGCGCGUGCCCAACGCGUCGCUCGAGGCCUUCCUGCGCGCGCCCGAGGCCUACUACCGCGCGGGCGAGCACUUCGCCAUGUUCGCGCACAACACGCUGGCCUACGACCUGGGCGGCGACAACGAGCGCAGCCCGCGCGACGACGCCGCCUACCUGGCGGGCCUGAUCCGCCAGGUGGAGGAGGUCUUCUCACUGGUCAUGAUCGCCGAGUACUUCGACGAGUCGCUCGUGCUGCUGCGGCGCCUGCUGGCCUGGGACCUGGACGACGUGCUCUACGCCAAGCUCAACGCGCGCGCCGCCAGCUCGCGCCUGGCCGCCAUCCCCGCGGCGCUGGCCCGCGCGGCGCGCGCCUGGAACGCGCUCGACGCCGGCCUCUACGACCACUUCAACGCCACCUUCUGGCGCCGCGUGGCCCGCGCCGGCCGCGCCUGCGUGGAGCGCGAGGCGCGAGAGCUGCGCGAGGCGCGCGAGCGCCUGCUGCGCCGCUGCUUCGGCGACGAGCCCGUGCUGCGGCCCGCCGCGCAGAUCCGCACCAAGCAGCUGCAGCCGUGGCAGCCCAGCCGCAAGGUGGACAUCAUGGGCUACGACCUGCCCAGCGGCGGCGCCGGCCCGGCCACCGAGGCUUGCCUCAAGCUGGCCAUGCCCGAGGUGCAGUACUCGAACUACCUGCUGCGCAAGCAGAAGCGCCGGGGCGGCGUGCGCGCCCGUCCCGAACCGGUCCUGGACAAUCCCCCGCCUCGGCCCAUCCGGGCACUGCCGCGCGGCCCCCAGGGCCACUGAGCUGCGGGAGUCUGGGUCCUACCCCGCCCGCCCGAGUCUUGCCCAGGGCUGCCUCCAGGCCCGGCCCCAUCAGGGCCCUUUCCUUCCCAGGAGCUUGAGCCCCGCGCCCUACUUGGGGGUGCAUCUCCGUAUCUGAGCCCGCCUCCGGGGAGGGUGCCGAUAGGCCCGAUCGAGCCCCGGGCCGCCCUCUCUUCCUUCCUAAUUGGUUAGUGACUUUGACAAGAGGUCUGAGGCUCGUCCAGAACUGCCCAUCCUGCCUUUUUCUGGAGGUUGAGCCCUCCUCCUGGCUUUUCCAAGUGGAUGAGCCCAGGCCAGAGAGAGGAGCUGAGCCCUGGGGAAAGGCCGCUCUGCCUGUGAGCCUCCCCGGUCUCUUGCUCCUCCUCCCAGGGAUCAGAGGCCUCCACACCGUCUGUCUUCCAGGUUCCACCCUACCCACAGACCUAAGCUGCUCCCACACUCCCAGAACCGAGAGUUCUUGAGUUGGGCUUUUUGUUUGUUUGUUUUUUCUUUUUUUAAUAAAAUGUCUUUAAAAUGUG